CUCCCUCCCACCUCGUCGUCGUCCUCCGCGCGGCGCGACACCUUUCCUCUUCGUCCUCCUCCUCUUUCUCUCUCGCUCGCUCGCUCGCCUGCGCGUGAGACCGCCGCGAUGGCCUCGUCGUCAGCAACGAGGGAGGUGCUCAUGCUGGAGGCCCCGCCUUCCGACCCGUCGGGGGCGCCGUGGCGCGCGCCGCCGGACGCGGAGGCCGUGGACGCGCUUCCCUACAUCGACGGCGACUACGGCGACCCGGCGGUGAAGCGGGAGGUCGACCGCUUCGUAGAGGAGGAGAUGCGGCGCGGCCAACGGAAGCCCGCCGACUUCCUACGCGACCUGCCCCCCGUCCCCGUCGCCGGAUUCGAGGAUCAUCCUAUGCUUGCUAAAGAGUACGAACGAGUUAGGGCUGGCAAACCACCUUUUAUGUUAGAUAUGUCCCGCUAUGGUUUGGAGCCACCUCCAAUGAACAAGCGGAAUGAUAUUGCUGCCUGGAGGCAGGCUUUACGUAAUGCUCAGAGCCAGCUGCAGCAUCAAAUUAUAAGGAUAGAGAAUCUGGAGCUUAUGUUGAAGUAUGGUGUUGAGGUUUGGAAGCUCCAGAACAGACAAAUGGAAUCAGUUCUGUCUAGAAUGCAAAAGAUGGCUGUAGAAUACAAUGAAAGGAUUGAAACUGUCAAUCGUGAGAGGAAAUUCCACCAGCAAAACACUGGAGGACAACUCCAUGCCCUGACAAUGGAAUGGCAGGAGCUGUGUCAAAAAAAUAUAGCUAUUCAGGCUGCCUGUGUUGAUAUGCAGAAACAUAUAGAUCAGCUUAAACUUGAAGGAAAAGAACUGGGAAUGCUCAUGGACGAUAAUGCUGAAACUAAUUCACAAGCAUCAUGAGGGAUUUGAGAUACAGGGGUAGCAAGGAAGAUGCUAUGGCUCUUCAAUGAGAUGGGAGCUGGAGGUUCCAUUAAACCUUAUGCUUACUCUGACCUGCAGUCGUCAAAUCCACCAGGCUGUUUGACAUUAAAAAUACUAUUUAUGGACUGUGCCUAUUAAUCCAUCACUUCAGGACCUGUGGUGCAUAAAACACCGCAAAAGAGAGGAAGAGCCUAAAUGCGUGUAUUGUUGUCCCUUGAAGCGCCCUGGCCUUUUUUUUGGUAUGAGGAACACAAUACUCAACUCAUUUGUAACUUUUGGUGGAUUGCAAAUGUGUGUAGACUUUUCAGGGGAAAAACUUGUAGCAUAACAUUGAAUUAUUAACCGAAGCUUUUUUAUUUAA